AUGCCAGCGCCAAGGGCAAAACAUACACCAAGAAGACACUUAGCAUCCUGCAAAGUAUAUAGGCAAGAGCAGCAAGAGCCAUAUGCGGAGCAUACAAAGCCACGUCCAAAGCAGUACUCGACGUCGAAGCGCACCUUCUACCAAUUGAGCAGCAGAUAUAGAAGCACAACGCCGACGUUAUCACUUGGCUCCUCUCGAGCAAGCACAUGGCGCACACUUUAA